AUGCUAGGAGGACCUGUUCUACCCGCCAUCUCAGGACUUCAUCGACAUGCUGAGCCUACCCCACUCCCGCACUUUCGCCCACUCUACUCCGGCCCACAUGAACCUUCACCACCACAUCAUGCAUAUAGUACCGAUCACUCUCCCCCUUCAACAGUAAAACGACAAGCUUCUCAAACCCCGCUACCCGACGGAAGCCCCGCCAAGAAACAGUCCAAAUGGACACCAGAGGAGGACAAUCUGACCAUCGACCUGCGAGGCCAGGGAAUGAAAUGGGAUGACAUUGCGAAACGAUUACCUGGAAGAAGCUCCAUUUCCUGCCGAUUACGGUACCAGAACUACCUCGAGAAGCGAGCCAUCUGGGACGAGGAGAAGAAAAACAGACUUGCAAGACUCUAUGCGCGUUUCAAGGACCAAAUGUGGCAAAAGGUUGCUACAGCGAUGGGCAUUCCCUGGCGGUCCGCCGAGUCGAUGCAUUGGCAGCUCGGAGAGCAGGAGAUGAGCGCGCGUGCGAAUGCGCCAGUAUUCCAGCUUCACCCUUCUGCAACCGAUACAGGCAUGAGUUCGCGAUCGCAAGUGCCUGUGAUACCUGCCUCUGCCCUGUAUGGCUUCAUGCCUGCAAAUGCCCCUCAGCUGAUGCCAAACCCGCCGCCGAUGCCGCCGCAGCUGCACCAGAUGCCUCUGCCAAUGCCUGAAGGGCCCCCGAUGCAUGGCUAUGGUCACCAGCGGACCGACAGUGGCUCCAGUGCCGGCGGACGAAGAAGGAGGAAUAGCUCAUUCAGUCGCAGGCGCCCAGACCCUCGAUCUUGGUCGAGCGUUCCCCCUCAGCUAGGCCAACCUCUUCCUCUGGUUCAACCACAGUCAGAAGAAGACUUGAUCAGCGGAGCAAGGACAGCACCUGUACCAGGGAUGCAGUCGAUCAUCAAGCGAGAAGACGAGGGUUCCAACUACACGGAGGUUUACCACCAGACAAGACAGGAAGAAGUCGCUGCAGGCCCGUCACAAUCGGAAUACGAUUCACGGAGCCAGAGCAUGGAGAGUCCUGACAGAAUGUCGCAGCACAGCGUAACCGGAAGCAGCAAGAGCAUGAAGCGCGAGCCAGAGGAAACCGAGCAAUCUCUCACCCUGCCUUGGCCGCCCUGA